CAGUAGGUAACACCUGUCUCUGUGUAAACCUAGGACAGUAGGUAACACCUGUCUCUGUGUAAACCUAGGACAGUAGGUAACACCUGUCUCUGUGUAAACCUUGGACACCAGGUAACGACUGUUGCCUUGGUAUUCUCCUGUGUUGUGCCUUUGUUGCUCUUAGUCAGGGUGUUACACUGUAAACUGUCCUCAGUGAUCUGGUCAAGGUGUUAUACUGUAAACUGUCCUCAGGGAGCUGGUGAAGGGUUGAACUGUUCCUCAGGAACCUAGUAACAUGUUUAGCUUGUUCACUGGGGGUCAAAGACUUGCCAGCGUUCGAAAACCACAGUCCACUGGAAAUGUGUAAGGAAGGUAAAGUCUAAUAUCGCAAUCAAACCUUUUUUAUGUCAUUUGGAUUUGCCCUGAAUCAAACCUUUUGAGUUUUCUUUGUUUUUUAUCCCUAAGGGACUUGGCAUGCAACAAACAAAAAAAAUCUCUCUUCCCAAAAUAUUACCUUUGUUUGCCUCAGUGGGUUGUUGUUUUUACCCAGUUUUCCUUGCACGUCCUCUGCACAUUAUUGCCACAUUUUUCCAAGGCAAUUAGACUGGAAGCUUUUCUGAAAUGGAUAAACAUGUAUGUUCUCUGUCAAGCAGGGGUGUUGAGUGUGACACUUGAACCAAGAGGAGAGAACUAAAACCAACCCGUUUAGAAAAAACAAGGACACGGCACCUCCCGUCCCAGGAUUGGACAGGAUUUGACCUCUGAAAUAACCUUUGAGCUCUGAGUUUUCGUAGAGGUCAUCCACGGGUGUAUGCCCUGUGUGCCUGUUACCCCUCCCCUCUUUCCCCACAACCGGCCAAUAGGAUUCUGCUCUUCCUACACAUUCACUUUGACUCUAUAAUAGGUGUUGUAUAGAAUUAAUCCUGGUGUCAUAUGUAUAGGAUGGUACUCAACAAUAGGUACACAGAAAGUACACACAAUUGUACAUGCCUUGGCGUUCUAGUCAAGUAAUUUAAUUCUCUCUCCUUUUAUUUAUUGUCUUUCUCCCUCUCUUUCCCUCACUCCCUCUGUUGUAGAGAAUUAUCCCAUGCAGUUGUAGUGGAGAGUAAGUCUCCUUAUUGUUGUAUACAUUUUUACAACACUGAGUUAAUACGAUGUAGCUGAUCUGGUCAGUAGUCAGUCUGUGCAGUGUGUUCUGUACUGAAUUGACAAUGCCUUUAGGUGAAACACAGAGCCUCUCAGGAAUAGGAUAUCCAGCAGUCACCUGAGAGAGCCGCAAACAUAUUUCAAAUGUCUCUAAAAGUCUGCUUUUGUUGUGCCAAGAACUCACCACUGACAUUUGAGGACUUUUGUGGCUUGGAAAAGAUACUUGGAUUUGAGGGGAAACUGCUGGUCACAGUCUCCCACUUGUGAGAGACACUGAGUGAGUAUUAUUUACACAGUGCAUGGCUACUGUAGCUCAUAAAUGUGUUCCAAGGCCCUGUAGCAAAGGAAACAUAGAUAUCAAAGGAUGGAGGAACAUAUUCUGACUAAUAGGAAGUGAAUGGAUUGGAAUUGUGUACCAUUAUCUGAAUCAAUAGUCUAAGGAGUUCCUCCUCUGUUUCAAUCUGCCUUGUGUAUUUUCCAUGACCAAACCACUGGGAAGUGAAGAUCAUGGAACGUAAGAAACAGCAUGCUAUUCUUUUCUCUGCUGGUUGCAUGUUAGAUACAUGUUAGAAACGUAGACCCCGUUUGACUGUACUGUACUGUGGAUCUACCCCUGGACUCUGUAUUGUCACAACUACUACUACCCCAUUGUAUCCCCAGCUCUCAUCCUUUCAAGCUUCUCAGUUCCUGUAGCCUGAUCAAUGUGUUUCCCUUGUGCUGCUUCAAACUGUCAGCAAAACUCCUGCUUCCUUGUAAGAUGGCCACAGACUAUGGGUCCCUCCUGUUGAUACCCUGGACACGUGCGUAAUCUCCCUCUUCAGCCCAAAGGAGUGUAAGUACUACAGGGACUAUACAGUAUUACUGCGAGACUGUCUAUCUGCUGCUGUGGAAUACGUUUCUGACCAGAGGAGUACAUACAGCAACAACUUGACCACUGAGUUUCCUUCAAGAGAAGGGAAGGAAGAGUGUGAAUCAGGACACUGUAGAGCUGUGAGUAACCCUGACUGUUAAUAAAAAGUUAGUGGAACAAUGAUCCGGGAAGUGAGGGAAGUCAUCUACUGCUGGAUACAGUUUUUCCUCGUGGAUUUACCUUUACCACAUCAGAUGGAUUACUUUUCACCAUAGAAACAGUGGAACUGGAAAGAAGUACAGAACACCAGGUUCUUAUCAAUACCUAGGUGGUCAUAAACUCACAAAGCACAUAGGAGUUGAGACUACAGCUUCAUCAGCGUAAGAUAUUGUAUUUAGCACCAUGGAAGCGGCGCGUGUUAAGCGACGUUUCAGUGCGGUGGUUGACGGGCUGGUAGACGAGGAGGAAGUCAUUAAGCUGGCUCUGAGUGUUGCUGACACGGCCAGGGUGGGGGGGAGCACGGGAGGCUCAGGGAGCCCCACCAGUCUCUCCCCCACACACAACCGAAAUGGCAAAGCACUCCCCCUGCAGGGCAAUGGCAGCAAUGCACGGAGGCCCAGCGGAGCCUUGGAGGCAGGAGGAGGGGAAGGAUCGAUGAAAGGAGGAGGGCGCUCAGGACUGAGGGGCGGGAGGGGCGGAAGUCUGGGGAGAAGGGGAGAAGGCUGUUCGUCCUCGGACCGAGAUUCAACACUGUCGUCCCCUUCCUCCUCAAGCCGCCGCCCCCCCCGGCGCUCUAGACGCCGGCCCCGCCACCGCUUUGUGGGCAAGGACGGGCGCUGCAACGUCACCUUCGUCAACAUGAGCGAGAGAGGCCAGCGUUACCUCAGCGACCUCUUCACCACCUGCGUGGACAUCCGCUGGCGUUGGAUGCUAGUCAUCUUCUGCCUCUCCUUCCUCCUCUCCUGGCUGCUCUUUGGCUUUGCCUUCUGGCUCAUUGCUGCCGCGCAUGGGGACUUCGCCAUCCGCCUCAACCCCAGCUCGGGUGCCUCUUCCGGGGGAGGAGAUGAGUCCGGAGCAGGGGCGGUGGUGGAAGUGGAGGAAACGUGUUUCGUUCAGGUCAACAGCUUUAUGGCGGCCUUCCUGUUCUCCCUGGAGACGCAGACAUCCAUUGGUUACGGCUUCCGCAGCGUGACCGAGGCCUGCCCCCUGGCGGUGAUGGCGGUCGUCUUGCAGUGCAUUGUGGGCUGCAUCAUCGACGCCUUCAUCAUCGGAGCGGUCAUGGCGAAGAUCGCUAAGCCCAAGAAGCGUAACGAGACGCUGUUGUUCUCUGACACGGCAGUGGUGGCGCUGAGAGACGGGAAACUCUGCAUGAUGUGGAGGGUGGGGAACCUACGCAAGAGCCACCUGGUAGAGGCACACGUACGUGCACAGCUAAUGAAGCCGAGGGUGACCCCAGAGGGAGAGUUCCUCCCGCUGGACAAUGAGGACGUCAACGUGGGAUUUGACACGGGAACCGACCGCAUUUUCCUGGUUUCCCCGGUAACCAUCGUCCACGAGAUCAACGAUGAGUCACCGUUUUUCGAGAUGGACCGUCGGACUCUGGAGGGCGACACGGAGUUGGAGGUGGUGGUCAUUCUGGAGGGUAUGGUGGAGGCCACAGCAAUGACCACACAGUGUCGCAGCUCCUACCUCGCCUCCGAGAUCCUCUGGGGUCACCGCUUCGAACCUGUGCUCUUCGAGAGGAAGAACUGUUACCAGGUGGACUACUCGUUCUUCCACCGGACCUAUGAGAUUCCCAGCACACCCUCUUGCAGCGCUAAAGAGUUGGCCGAGCAGAAGUACAUCCAGGGCUCACGCUCCUCCUUCUGCUACGAGAACGAAGUAGCCCUGCAGCUCGUCUCCCCUGACAAUGACCCUGAGGGCAACCCUGGUGGCUGCCCCUCCCCCCUGACGCACCGAUCCUCCCUCUCACAACCCACCCACACUAACUAGGGAGGCGACAGGCAGAGGGGACAGGAAGUGACCUGGGAUCCACAGGAAGUCAGGGACAGACAGAGGGAGAGAGAAGCAGAAAGAGAGACAGGCUUUAUAGGGAAAGAGACCAACGUAGAGAAAGGUAAGUAGAAGAUUUAGGGAAAAGGACAAUAUUGAGAGACUGAAGUUGAGAGAGGUGUAGAAAGAGAAACAGAAGACACGACAAAGACGCCGAGAGACAAACGGAGAGAGAGAGAUGCUGUAUACUGUCUAACAGAGAGAAAGGACAGACAGAUAGGACAGAAAAGGAGAGAGAGGGAUAGAAAGAGAGAGAGAAGUGUCAUUGAAAGGGGUAGAUGGGCUGCUGCUACUCUGACUGUGUUAGCUGAUUUGGACAUAGCGAUCUUUCAGAAUCAUUAUGGACCUGUCUGUCUCAGACCCGUCCCGUCAACCAACCGCUACAUUCACCACUGACUCCAGCACCUAGCUGACCACACAUACAACACUGACCCCUAUUGGCUUCAGUCUGUACCUGCAGCUCCUGUUCAGUUACAACUCACACUGAACACACUGGGUGCAGUGUCAGCACAAAACCAUAUGAGGGCAUAGUCUGGUAACAUGUUAUUUGAAGGUCUACUUCUAAACUUAUGAUUGAUUGUUUAAUAUGUUUAACUAUGGUUAACAAACAAAGGUUUAUAAGUACUUUGUAAGCAGAACUUUGAUUAAAAUGUUACCUUAUGUUAUUUUUUAAAUUCUACAGAACCCAGCUGAAGGGACAAUCUUAUGUUAAUGUUUACCUUAUUCUGUGUUCCUCAAACAUUUAAAUUUGUAUGAUUUUCCUCAGUAUUUUCUUUAUUUAGUUCAUUUGCUGAAUACUGUAUAUUUGGUAGAAUUUGAAGGGGGAAAUGGAGGGAUGUUAAAGGUAGACUCAGCGAUAUGACGUAGAUGCAGAAAGUAAACAGCAUAGUGGGUCAAUAUCCACAACAACUAAGAGUGUUGAAGUGUGAGGCUCAACUUCUCCGCUGUUUAAAUAAAUAGUGAGGGUAUUCCAUACCGGUAAAACAUGAGCCUAUCACAAUAAUGAAAACAAAAUGUUGCCGAGGCUGAGAUGGAUGGCUGACACUGAGACGCGCGCGGACAGCAGUGGACGCAUACAUUCUGGCCUAAUGACAAUCACCAAAAUGUCAUUACACUUGUUGGUGUUUUGUGUAACAGAGGUCUCUUUCCAUCCACCACUGUUUGGAGGCGGGAGACAUGUUGAGACUGGAGGAACAUGUAAAGGAGCCCUUUGAAAUGAUUGUUUGACAAUCAGAUGAAAACAUCAUGACUGGUGGUUUGUGCCACAGUAGAAGGUAAUACAUUUUAAAAGUUAAAUAACAAAUCUUUAGUACGAGGCCUACAGAGAUCCUAAUGAAUGAAUAGAGAUUCCAUAUGGAAUGAAUGAAUAGAGAUUCUAUAUGGAAUGAAUGAAUAGAGAUUCUAUAUGGAAUGAAUGAAUAGAGAUUCUAUAUGGAAUGAAUGAAU